AGACGAGUUUACAAUUUACAUUGUAUCAAAACGUCAAUGUCCGAGAAGUUGUGAAGGCUAUAUCUUUCAAAAAGUGCUUCACUUAUACCGUUACACGUGAGUUUGCAAACCAGAACUCAAAAACAAUGGCGAAACCAUCACCAAACAUCCCCUACAACGAAGUGGACUACUCAGCCUCAGCAACCCUAAUCUACUACGACCACCCUCUUCCACUCCUUCGUGGACCGAUCCCCGCCGGCCCAACCGACGAUCCAAACCUAGGCCCAUACGUUCUAGCAUUCCCAACGCAACAAUCCUUCUUCUCAUCUUUCAAAUUCUGUCAAUCAAAGCUUCGAGAGCAGUGCGAAUCUGGGUUACGAAUUGGGUGCUCCUUAAUCGCUUCUGAGAAGUGUAAACCUCCAUGGUGGAAAACCCUUUCUGGGAAAGUCGAUUUUAAGGAAAGAAGCGCGUGUGAGGAGAGAGAAAUGGUUGCCUGUCUUCAAGAUUCUAAGGAAAAAUGUGAAACUUUUGCGUUGGAGAAGAGUUUGGAUCCGUUCAAGUGGGCCCGGAUUGCUGCGCCAAAGAAAAAGAUGGGCAAGAAGGAAGUGGGUCGAUUGAUUUCUUGGGUUUCCGGUUUGGGGUUUUGGAAUGGGAAUCAAUCAGGAUUACUUUAUGAGUUGAAUUUGAGUUCGGAAACUAUGUAUUAUAGAGGGUCGGAGAUAAUGGGAGAUGAAAAUCAACUCAAUUGAUAUUUAUCUGGAUUAUUGUGGGUUAUUCAAUUUGAACUUACAUAUGGGUUAUUCGACUUGCUUUACAGGAUUUGAUCUUUUUCAUAUGGAUUCUUGUGGGUUAUUCAAUUUGAACUUUCUAGGGUUAUAGGUGUUAUCAAAAAUUGUGUGUUGAUGAAUAGAGAAAGUUGGAUUGUAUAGGAAGAUUGAAUAGUUCCAGUUUUGUCAUGAAGUUACUAAAUAAAAUAAAAUAUAUAUUGGGUGAUGGAAAUUUUACCUAAAUGAUAAGAGAAAGUUCCAUUUUUUAAUCUGAUUUUAGAGUGUUAUUGAAUUUGAUUGGAUUGUGGAGAUGAGUUCAUCUGUGCUGUCCAUAGUCCAUGUAUAGGAACCUUGUUGAAGACAUGCCAUGAGACUUGAGAGUGACUAUUUAGUUUGUGCUAGCGAUUUCUGCUGGUUUAGCGCCAAAGGAUGCUGAUUGUUGUGAUCUGCUGAUUGUUACUGGCGUGCUGUAUUGUGUCAAUAGUGCAUCGUUUUGGACAAGGACUAAAUUGUCAACAGCUCGAUGAGAGCUGUGAUUAGGGUCGAGAACUCGGGACAGAUGAUGAGCAUGUACUAGGGUGUCUUAACCCUCAUCACUCAAGACUUGCAUUCACAAAUCCCUUGGGUGAUUUACUUCGCUUAUUUGCCGAUCCUUUUCACUGCAACCAAGUUCUACCAUCAAUGACAGUCUGAGCUUCAUUGCACUCUUUUAAUUGUGAUCAGGCAAUGGCCUUCUCCUGACUUGACUGCAUUGCUGUGGUGAGGUUUCUUAAGUUCUCCGUUGAUAUGCUGCAUAGUGGUACGACAUACGACAUACCCGUUGCAACAAGCUGCAGAAAUCCACCAAAGUGGAUGGCGGGGAAAGCCUGAGAUUAGGAGAAGGAACGGGCUUGUAGUGUGUAGGUGCUGACGGAGGAGAAAAGACGGAGAUAUUGGUUGGUGAUGCCUGUUGUGAGAUGGUUGCUGUAGUUGGAAUUGAAGUGGUGCUCUGGCGAUGGUAGGUGCUAGGUGGUGUUUAAGGAGGUUUUAGUUUAAUUCUAAAAAGUUCCGACAUUAAUAUUUAUACUGUAGCAAUCUUACUGAGAGAGAUGAUGGAGUAUUUGAAGGUGAUAGUAAAAGAAUACUAUUGUCAUAUACUCUCUAUUUGUUCUUUAUUAUUCUUUCUAUUUAAUUUUUUUGCGUAAUAUUCAAAGUAAUUUUUUAGCUUAAUAUUUCGAAAUAUGUAUCAUAAAAAAAUAAAAAAAAAUACAUGAUAAAAAGCUACAUAUUUGAGGAAUAAGAUAGAGAGAAUCAAAGGAAGUUUAAUAGGAGUAUUUAUGUAUACUUGCAACAAAAAACCAAUUUGUAAAGACUGAAGAUUCAUUGAAAGAAAAUGAUUUGAUUUGUU